AGCCUCGAGGAGAGGAGGCCGCUGCUUGUUCCUCAGUCUCGAAGAUUGGCCCGUCAGAUAGUUGCGAGACGUUAGUUAUCCCAGUGUCACGGUACGCGUCCUCGGUCGAGUUUCGAGUGAAAUAAUAAAAUAAAUUGGAGACCGAAAAGUGCUGAUCUGGAGUUUUGUUGCGAAACAAAGAUUAAUUUAUGCCUCAUCCCCAAAUUUAUUGGCCCUAAUCGUUGUGAGACCGAGAAAGUCGGAGCAGCAUUGGCCGGAGAAAGAGGCGUGCCAUUGUUGCGAGCCAGUCUGCUCGUCAUCAGACAGCGCGAGAAUUAGUCAAAUCGGGGCUUAACAUGAGGAAGAAACCUCCUCGAGAUGAGGUCGUUAGUGAAACAUUUCCCUAUGGAAUCAUGGGUCUGUAAGCGGACACCUUCUUCCCUGAGGACAAUUUCUUUUAAAAGCCCUCCUGGAGAGGAUUCGACCCUAAGAUAGAGGCAGUGAGGAUCCUGGAGAAAGUGCAAUUGUCAAAGUGACAGGUUCUGGACCUUCUCGUUUUUCAUUCACUAUUACUAUUGUUUCAUGCCUUAGACGACCCCGAGGAUUGGAACGGACCGCCGAGGGAUCUUGAAGCAUUCUUCCUCGUUCAAGCUGUGAUAAGAAAUGGGCUCGAGGGACGAAAUGAGCCAGGGGGUAGCAGUGGCCCCAUCUUGAAUUGACGUUGCUGUGAAAUUGGAAUUUGCAACAUCAACCACAGUAUUUCCGAGGGAAAUAUUCCGGGCUUUCUGGGCGAGCGAAACGCGAGACUGCGUCCAUUUCCGACGAGUGCUUCUUGAGUGUGUGAAUUGGGAGGGGGGCAAAAAGUGAAAAAUGACAAACAUUAUCGCCUGCUUGGCAACCUUUCUUCAUCUCGCGGGGUUCUUUAUCAUCACUGACGGUCAGCCGUACAGCUUCCUACCGCCCCUCGACCCGAAUGUGCCCCAACCCAAGAUCCUCAAUGACGGCCAAGUGUUCCGCGCUCAAGUCGGGGACACUUUGCUUCUACCUUGCAGCGUCCGGGAUCUGGGGCCCAUGAUCCUUUUGUGGAAGAAAGGCACUCGAGUUCUCACCGCGGGUGACAUGAUGGUCCGUAGGGAUGACAGAAUCGAUCUCAAAGGCACGGACCUCCAAAUCAAUAGUGUCGACGUCGAGGAUGGGGGAAAUUAUUCCUGCGAGAUUGAGGCGGAUGCUGAAUACCCAGUUGUGAUUACUCAUACCCUGGAGGUGCUAUUGCCUCCCCAACUCAAAUUGGAUCUCACGGACUCGAAAAUCGUUGUACGCGCCGAUACCACCGUGGCCUUGAAAUGUAAGGCCACGGGCAAUCCUCCGCCCAAAAUGGACUGGCGGAAACGAAACGAUCGCCUCCCGGGCAAUGCUCAAAUCACCGACCAAGGCAUGACACUUACCAUGUCUCACGUGAGCAGACAUCACAGCGGCCUUUACGAGUGUGAGGCCAACAAUGGCGUGGGAAAGGCCGUGAGAGCCGAGAUCUCACUCCAAGUCCUCUACGAUCCUGAGGUGUCUGCCGAACGGUCCGUAGUUCAUGGAGGCCUUGGCGAACAGGCCGACUUGUCCUGUCUUGUGUACGCAGAUCCAGAGCCCGAAGUGAUCUGGUACCGUGAUACCAUGCGUCUGGAUCCCAAUGGGAAACGCUACAUGGAGAGUCGAGGCAGCCGGCAUACUCUUAUCAUUCGGAAAGUGGAACGUGAGGAUCUGGCCAACUACUCGUGCUACGCCAAUAACCAGCUGGGUCGGGAUCGGGCCUACAUCACCUUAAGAGGAAAUCCAAAUACGCCUGUCUUCAACAGUCAAGUCCUCAGCAAAAGUCAGACGAGCUACACCAUUUCGUGGAUCACAGAGAGUUACGCCCCCAUCGAGGAGUACAAGCUCUUGUACAGGAAAAUUCCGAGCUCAACGUCGUCUUCGACAGGCCUUGACCAAGAUCGAAGAAGAAGCAAGGACACAUCCUCCGCCUCGUCCUCUCUGCAGAUGGCACGGUCACAUGGAGGAAAUCCUUUGAUGGUUCCCUCUUCUCCUUCCUCCUCCUUCUCCUCCUCCUCCUCCUCGUCAUCAUCAUCGUUUUCUUCCCCUUCGUCUCCUUUGUCGGCCUCUUCCAAUACGGGUGUGAUUGGCACUCAUGAAGUGACCCACGCAUGGCACAACCUGAGGCUCCCUCCUCGAGAAAUGAUCCCAGGUGGUCCGAAAAACAACCUCUAUCAGGAGGCCUAUUCGUUGGGCCCGCUUUUGCCUGACUCGUCUUAUGAAGCCAAGGUGUCAGCCAAGAACAGAUUUGGCUGGAGCCAGACCAGCGAGACCUUUCAAUUUUAUACGCAAGGAAAAGGUACUUCUCCGCAUCAAAACUUUGUGAAAAAGCCCGAAAUCCAAGAUCUGGGCCUUUCAUCUUCCGCGGCCGUGGACUCGAUCCACAGUGGUGCAUCCUCCUCUUCCUCCUCCUCGGCCUCAGCCUCGUCCUUGUUCUCGUCAAGACACGUGGUCCUUGGAUCAAGGAUCCUUCCGCUCCCUCUUGGCUCUUUGGGUGGAUUUCAGGCGGUUUUCUGCCAAAUGAUCACUCUUCUCACUGUCAUAUCAUUCAAGUGAAGAAUCAAAAACUGUCUCCGUCUGUUAGGACAGCAAGAGGAGCCUUCCUCAGGGAGGAUGGCAGAAAAAGUGUUCCAAAACGUGCUGUUCCACCACCGAGUUCCGGAGUUCCGAUCCACUAGGCUCGACCGGGAGCAUGGAGCUAAGGAGCGCAAGAAACACAACUGGAAAAUGAGCACCAAAUACAUAGCAGUGGGAUGUAACCAGCCAUGAGGUGGAAAAAAACUGGAACACAACGACAACUAAGACAUUCAACAGACUGAUGUGAUGGUCGCAAGACAAAAAAUCACUACUUGAGUGCAACAACUUUGUCUUAAUGUCUCCUCUUGUUUUCGAGGGACGGACGCAAAAAGUGCCCACCAGGCCUGCCUCGAAAUCGUCCAUUGGUGAAAAUGACUUUUGCAGAUGAGUGCUAAACUCCCCUUUGAAGCCGCUCAAUGAGCCUCUGUUGAGAACCAAUGCGGAUUUCAGGCCAAACUCCGUGAAGCUUUCAAAGUCAAUAAGAAGCACCCACAAAGAACAACCCACCUUGUUAACCGUUGAAUUGACCCCCCCCCCACAAUUCGUGCACUUGAACAAACCCUCAUUGUUUUGACCAGAACAUUUCAUUAGUAAAGAAUCUACCCAAACCCAAUUGAAACCCACUUUUUCGAGACAACGUACGAGUACAAAUUUGCUCUGUGAGUGAAGGCGCUGUUUUGACCGGCCAGAAUCGUAUCUUUGAAUCAAAACUCAAGUGCGGGCCUGAAGUGAUAUUCAGGCCACAAACGCCGCAUCAGGUUCGUUUAAGGACACGAAAGCCCCAAGUUUGAAAGCGUAUGCCCUGAAAGAGGGUCCAUAUUGACGACGAAAUUCUCUGACUAGACAACAACGAAUGGAAGGAUGAUGAAUCACUGACUUCGGAUGAAUAAAGAGAUUAUGAUACUUUUA